CAUUCCCAUUUUUAGCCGUUGAACCUGCUCUAGUUGCCGGCGGCCGGGUUUAGCUAGCUUAGCUAAAACAAGUGUCUUAAAUCGCCUUGUCCUUAAAAUGUCUCACCCAACACCGUCUGACAAGCCUUCAAAUCCUAAAAACCCUCGUGUCUUCCUUGAUGUAGACAUUGAUGGAGGAAGAGCUGGCCGAAUAGUUCUGGAGCUGUUUGCUGAUAUCACUCCUAAGACUGCUGAAAACUUCCGGGCCCUCUGCACUGGAGAGAAAGGCAUUGGCCAAUCGACUGGGAAACCGCUGCACUUCAAAGGAUGCCCGUUCCACAGAAUUAUCAAAAAGUUCAUGAUCCAAGGAGGUGACUUCUCCAACCAUAAUGGCACCGGGGGCGAGAGCAUCUACGGGGAGAAGUUUGAAGAUGAAAACUUCCACUACAAGCAUGACAAAGUGGGUCUGCUAAGUAUGGCCAACGCCGGGCCAGACACCAACGGCUCACAGUUCUUCAUCACUACUGUUCCCACGCCGCACUUAGACGGCAAACACGUGGUCUUUGGACAAGUAUUGAAGGGGAUGGGUGUAGUAAAAAUGCUGGAGUCCAUUGAUACUACGGAUGACACUCCUGAAAAGCCAUGUGUCAUAGCAGACUGCGGUGAGCAUAAGGACGGGGACAGCUGGGGUGUUGCACCAAGCGACGGGUCAGGAGACACCCACCCAGACUUCCCCGAGGACUCCGACAUCGACUUUAAAGAUGUUGACAAAGUUCUGUCUGUGGCUGAGGAUGUGAAGAAUAUCGGGAACAACCUUUUUAAGAGUCAAGACUGGAAAACUGCAGUCAAAAAAUAUAGCAAAGCCCUCAGGUAUUUGGCGGAGAGCGGAGAUCAGCUGGAGGAGGAUGUGCAGAAGAAGCUGGAGCCCACUGCCAUCAGCUGCUUCCUCAACACAGCAGCGUGCAAUCUGAAGAUGCAGCUGUGGCAGGAAGCUGUGGACAGCUGCAACGAGGCUCUGGAGCUGGACCAAGCCAACACCAAGGCUCUUUUCCGGAGGGCCCAGGCCUGGCAGGGGUUAAAGGAAUACAGCAAAGCCAUGACCGAUCUGAAGAAAGCUCAGGGAGUAGCUCCAGAAGACAAAGCUAUCAGCAACGAGAUGAAGAGAGUCCAGCUUAAAGUCCAGGAGGAGAAGGAGAAAGAGAAGAAAAUCUAUGCCAAAAUGUUCGCGUGAACAUUUCACCUGAGGAUGCAUUGAAUCGUUAGUGUCAUUUAUCAAUAUAUGAAGUCAUCUCUACAUGGGAAGCUGCACUUAAAAUCAGAUUUGGAGUCUGUACCCAGGUGAAAAUUGUACUGUGUUUUUGGUGUUUUUGCAGGUUCUUUCAUGUUUUCCACCUGGAACAUUUCUCACUUUUAUGUAUUCUUUACAAGGGAAUAACGGUUGUAAGCUUUCGGCCUGUCUUCAUUCUGACAAGAGUCUUCACCCAAAAUGAAUAGUUUUAAGUGUUGAAAUACUGGGUUAACACUGGUCUUUGUUCUGGGAUUUUGACGCCGUUCAGAAAAAAACAAAGUUGUGUAUGUUGUACCACUUCAUGUUGAUACAUUGCCCUCGAACACAUUUAGUACAUCCGUUUGUUUUUAUGUUUUUGUUUUUUUUUUUUUUUUACAGGGGUCAAUAAAUUGAAAAGGAUAACAGUCAUGUGUUCUUUAUUCAUUGUUGUGAUAUUAUGUACAAUACUGUGUGGAUCAAAGGCUGUCAUAUACCUGCAAUAAUGCUGAAAUAAACCUUAAUUUAAGAACA